AUGGGACAUAGGCUGGAGUUAAUGGUGCUUGUUGUUUUGAUGACACCAGUUCCUUGUGCCGCCCUGAACACUGAGGAGUUUACCGAGGCUGUGGAGUAUUUAAGGAGUUAUGGAUAUCUGCACAUCCCUCUGGACAGUAAAGGCCCAAACCCUCCACCUGCGGCAAUAUCAGAAGCAGCAAGAAUCUUUCAGAAAGUGACAAACCUGCGAAUAUCCGGAACCUUAGAUUCCGCCACGCUGUCGAUGAUGAACAAACCUCGCUGUGGUCUGCAGGACUCUUUCAACAACAAGUCCCUCACAUACAGAACCAUGGGUUACUGGCGUAAGAAGAUGUUGACCUACCGCAUCUUUAACUACACCCCCCACUUGGGUCAGGGAAAGACCCGGUCGGCCAUCUUCAACGCCUUCAAGUACUGGAGUGACGUGUCGCCGCUGCGGUUCAAGGAGACGCAGCAGGGAAGAGCAGACAUCAAAUUCUCCUUUCACAGGAAGGACAAAUCAUGUCCAGUUCCCUUCGAUGGACGAGGUCACGUGUUAGCCCACGCCGACGCUCCCCAGUCGGGCAUCGUCCACUUUGACGAAGACGAGCUGUGGACCGAGGGGAGGAGCUACGGCUCCAACCUGAUGAUCGUGGCGGUUCACGAGAUCGGCCACGCCCUCGGCCUGGGCCACUCACAACACUCCAGUGCAGCCAUGGGCCCCGUGUACAACGGGUACCGCUCGGACUUCAAGCUUCAUCCGGACGAUGUACGAGGGAUCCAGGCCUUAUAUGGUAAUAUCAGAAUACCUGUUGUGACCCUCUUAGGAAAAGCCGUGACUCUUCCUCCGCCCAGAAAACCAAGUCAUCCGGCACCAGGGGGCGUUGCAGAUCCUUGCAAAGCAACAUUGGAUGCGGUCAUGUUGGGUCCUUCACAUAAGACGUAUGCUUUCAGUGGUCAGUACAUGUGGACAGUGUCCAGCUCGGGCCACAGUUCUCCAAUGCUGAUCUCAGCGCUGUGGAAGGAGCUUCCCCGGAGCCUCGAUGCAGCUGUUCACUCUCAGAGGACCGGGAAGUCCUAUUUUCUGAAAGACGACAAGGUGUGGAGAUACACGGGACUCAAACUCGACCACGGUUACCCCCGACGCUUGGCCAACGUCCCGGCAAAGAUUGACUCGGCCUUGUACUUCAAAAAGAACAAGAAACUGAUAUUUUUCAAAGGAUCUGGAUACUGGCUGUGGGAUGAACUUGGUCCGACAGACUUCAGGUCAUAUCCCAAACCCAUCAGCCAUCUCUUCACCGGAGCUCCCAGCAGCACCGACGCUGCCUUGACGUGGACAAACGGACAUAUUUACUUAUUUAAAGGCUCUCAGUACUGGCGAGUAAACCAGAAGCACCAAACCGUGGAGAAGGGCUAUCCUCAGGACAUGGCCUCAGACUGGAUGCAGUGUGACGACUGA